UGCCUCUAGUAAUUAGUGAAUUCUUAUCCUCUGUUCGAUACUUCGAUUAUUUUGUUCACCUACUCAUUCUGUGCCCACGUUUUUUGCUUUUUGGAUUUGCUCACCUACUCUUCGUCGGUCAAUCUUUGUUUCUCUCUUUCGCCAGAACAAGACAUUAGUUGUUGAAUAAUUGUUUAAAUUCGUGAGAUUCUUGGUCUUCAUUCGUGAUCUUUCCCGGGCCAAGCUUUGCUUUGUCGACUUGUUUCAAAGAAGUCUGGUUGAUUGAAAUUUGCUGCUUCGAAAGAUAAUGAAUUGGGUUCAGCGCAAGAUCUACCUCUACAAUGUCACCUUUGGGCUUUAUAUGCUGGAUUGGUGGGAACGCUAUCUUUUCAAUACCUUGAUGAUUGUAUUACUGUGGUUCGUACUCUACAAUGGGUCACGAUCUGUAACUGAAUUCUUCAAAAGGCAUGCAUGGUGAGAACCGAGAACCUAAAUCCUUCUCAUGGAAAUUGCCACUAAGGUGGCUUGGAGAUAUGAGAGUUGCGGCCUGCAUAACUGUAGCAUAUAUUAUUUGGGAAUAACUUGUUUGUAGCAAAAAUUUGAAUGAACUGAAUAAGGAAUUUCCUAGGGCCGCAGAAAAGACUGCAUCUCACUCAUGCUGUUUUUCAUGAAUUUUUGUUGUAAUAUACACUGAUUUGCUUUUGGCCGUCUAUGGGAAUGUGAAUUGCCACUCACAAGACUUGAUUAAUGAAUCUGAAGUAGCACUUCAAUUUCUGUUAA